CCCCUCUUUGGUCACUUCCCCCCACUUUCUGCAGUUCAGCAACGGAGGCCGAUUAGGGAGACCCCUCGCUGGCCGGGAUCAGGUCAGGUUCUGUCAUAGCUGCCAAGUUUUCCCUUUUCUUGCGAGGAAGCCUAUUCAGCAUAAGGGAAAAUCCCUUAAAAUAAGGGAUAACUUGGCAGCUAUGGGUUCUGCAAAGGGAGAGGGCUGAGCUGGGUGGACUCGGCUUUGCAAGGGUUAAAGGGAAGCGAGCUGCCUUCCUAGAGAGGACAGGAAUGGGGGGGAGGUCCUCCAGAGCCAAGGCCCCUCCUUCCCUGUACUUUCCUGCUUUGGUGUCUCUCCUGCAAGGGCUGCAUCGCUGUCCCUUCACUCCUGGGAUGAUCGGGAUUUGCUAGACCUUCUCAAUAAGACAGACAGACCUUGAAAAAGACCAAAGGGUACCUUCCAAUCUCUCAGAGGCUUCCUGAGAGCACAGAUGGAUGAGCAAGACCAGGAGUCAGCAACCUUUUUCAUCUGUGGGCCGGUCCACCAUCCCUCAGACCAUGUGGUUGGCCGAACUAUAUUUUGAAAAGAAAAAAGUACGAAUUCCUAUGCCCCACAAAUAACCCAGAGAUGCAUUUUAAAUAAAAGCACACAUUCUACUCAUGUAAAAACAUGCUGAUUCCCGGACCGUCCGCGGGCCGGAUUGAGAAGGCGAUUGGGCCGCAUCCGGUCCACGGGCCUUAGGUUGCCUACCCCUGAGCACUACUCAUCUGACCCUGAAGCAGGAAGAGGCCAUGUCAUCCAAACUGGGACCAGUGGGGGAUUCUGGGAAAACUGUGCAGAAGAUCCUGGGUGAGGAGGACACCCUCCGCUCAGAGGUGCAGAGUCAGCAGUUGAGGCAGUUCUGCUGCCAGGAGGCCAAAGGACCCCGAGAGGUUUGCAGCCGACUCUACCACCUUUGCCACCAGUGGCUGAAGCCAGAAAGGCACACGAAAGCUGAGAUGCUGGACCUGGUGAUCUUGGAGCAGUUCCUGGCUGUCCUUCCCCCGGAGAUGGAGAGCUGGGUGAGGGAAUGUGGAGCAGAGACCAGUUCCCAGGCGGUGGCCCUGGCCGAAGGUUUCCUCCUGAGUCAGGCAGAGGAGAGAAAGCAGGAAGAGAGAAAGCAGGAAAAGGAUCAUUUAGCAGAAAUGGACCUGGAUUCCUGUGAGGCAGAGAGGCCUCCGUCGGACACCAGAGAGAGGCCACUGGGGUCCAGUGUGCUUUGAAGAUGUUGCUGUUCAUUUCACGGAGCAGGAGUGGGCGUUGCUGGAUCCUG